AUGGUAAUGUGGACAGUACUACAUAUUUUGGGUCUUUGUUCUCUCCGUGACACCACUGGCCUCAGCUCUGAAGACUUAGAGACAAACCCUUCAAAUGUAGUCCUGACACACAAGGAUCUCAUCCCUUUCUUUAAUGGCAAUGCUUUCAGUGUCGAUAUCAAUGACAGCCACCAUGUUUUCAUCUUCCAUGAGUUGGUAUCAACACAAGGAAGAAUACUCUGUGGAUACCAUUCUGACAAGAUGGGGGAUCCAGAUGAGAUAUGGAAGGAUGUCGUGAGCUGGAGGGUUGCAGUAACAGGGGGCGGUUAUGAGAGUGAAGAGGUACAAUGA